AUGCGUUUCUCAAACCAAACCCUCCUCACAGGAGCCACCACUCUACUCUCCUUAGCCAGCUUAGGGAGAGCUGACGGAUGCGAAAAAGGGCCUUUUGGAGAUAGCCACAAGUUUGGCAAGACAGGUGGUGGGUACUACUGUGAUACCGCCUGGGAUAAGGGUCUUGUCAUCACCGGCCUCGAAGUUUGGGCCAACGAGUGGCAUGUUAAAGGCAUCCAAUGGGCAUAUUCAGACGGCACCAAAUCUGUCGUACGAGGCAUGAACGUGGGAGACCGCAACCAAGCUAUUACCUGGGGCGCGGGCGACAAGAUCACCAGGUUGCAGAUGUGGGGGAAUUAUGCGGGAGACGCUGUUGGGAAAAUCGAAAUUGAAACCAGCAGCGGCAAGAAACUUAGUCAAGGCUCGGAUGUUGGCACCUUUGGGGGUGAACCCGUCCUCACUCACAGCGGCAUACUACUUGGCGGACGUGGCUCUUCCAAUGACUUUGUGAACGAGCUCGAGAUGCUGUUCCUGGCUAGCAAUGUUCAAAAAGGGGGAGCCGUCAUUACAGCCGUCAAGUUUCAAGAUAAUCUCGACGACUGGAACAAAAAGAUGAAGGGUAUAGAAACCACGUCACUUGACGCAGCCUACUUCAUAAACUCAAACAAAAAAGGCAGCAAACAAAGCUACCAAUUCUCGAAAUCAUUGAGUCGGUCGGUCGGCAAGACUUUGACUCAGCAAUACAGUACCACUUUGGGAGCGUCGGUGAGCGUAACAGUUGGGGCUGAGGUGGAAGUCCCACUGUUUAAAGCCAGCGAAUCGGUCACAGCCUCCGCGUCGUACUCCUACGAAGCUAUGGAUUCAACGUCCACAGACACAACUACAACAGGAAGCCUCACCUGGACGCUGGGAGGGGACCUCGAACCUAACCACUGUGUGGAAUGCACUGGCUCCGCUAUAGGUGGGACGUACGAGAGCGACUAUGAGAGCACGGUUACGAUAACAUUAGCUACCGGCCAGAAAUUCAAAAUAACACAGCCAGGCCACUUUAAUUCGACUAAUUGGGCUAAAUCUUCCACCGAAUGUAAGGAUAUUCCAAUUAAAGACUGCCCUAAAACGGCCACGGAGAUAGGAGGGGGGACGAAGCGUGGGGUCGUGUUCAUCUCGUAA